UUCCAAAGUUGACGUGUUUAGCAACGAAAUGUAAACAUUCGACAGAUAACGUUUGGAUCGGAAUAAAUCAAUAUAUUAUGACUUACAUGAUGAUUGUUUAGUUAAAUCAGUUUAAAACCCGGACUUGUUUCAUUGAAAUAUCUAAGUUUGUGAAGUCGCUGAAUAUUGACCUCAAGAUUUAAAUGUAUGUACAUGUAUAUAUGUAAUUUCUCAAAUAGGGACAAUAUAAUCGUUACACAAAAUGGCGGAAAGUGGAAGUAAAAAAGGAGAGGAUGAUAAAGUUCCUGGUCGUGUGAAGGAACAUUUGUGUCAACCAUGUUUAAGUAAGGAUAAGCAAAAUGUAGCUGACAAGUUUUGUUCAACUUGUAAUGAAUUUCAAUGUAAUGAUUGUUCAAAUGUACACAACGUGCUCGCGAUCUUGAAAAAUCAUAAAUUGGUGAGCGUGAAAGAAGGUAAUCCUUCAACUACUUUAUUUGAAAUGAAGAACUUAGAGUUAUGUGAUCAACAUCAAAAACUUUUUGAAUUCUUCUGUGAAGAUGACAAUAAGCUUUGCUGCAGUACUUGUGCUAUUGUAAAUCACCGAAAAUGUCAUAGCGUUGUAGAAAUUAAGACGAUCGCCGGAAAAAUAACCUCACCAAUUUCUACCUUAGGGGAGAAAUUGAAGGAAGCUAAAAAAGCUGCUGAGAGUGUUGCGAAACAUAUUUGCUCUUCAAAAGAUCAACUUGCUGAAGAUAUAAAAGAAAUACAUGUAAAGAUUAGACAAAUGCGAGACGAAGUAAUCAGAAUAUUUGACGAUUUAGAAGAUUCCGUCGCCAAGAGAGCUAAAAUUCUUCAGCGAGAAACAUUCGAGAAUCUGUCAAAGAAACAAACACAAAACAAGAAACAUUUGGCUGAUGUUACAUCGUGCUUAGAGACGAUUGAAAGUAUUUUCAAAAAUGGAACUCCAGUACAGAAAUAUAUAGCGGAACAUAAAAUGGAGAGUAACGUCAAUACUCUCUGCAGAAACACCAAAGAAGAAUGUCAGAACUUAGAGACGGUAAACAUAUCUUUUCAUUUUGACGAAACAUUAAAACUGCCGCCAUUGCAAAUUACUGAAUAUGUUCCAGGACAAUUAUUAUUAAAAUCUACUCGUCAGGGAGAUGUUAAUUCUGUUAAUAAGGCGAUGAAAUUAACACCAAUUUCUGCUAUUUCUUUGAAGAAGACGGGAGAUGAUAUCAAUGAAACGUUAUAUUCUGGUGUAGAUUUUCUACCUGAUGGUAGACUGGUGGCUGUAGAUAACACAAACAAGAAAUGUUUAGUGUACAAUGAGAAGCUUGAGAAAGUAGGAUCAUACCAGCUAUCUUACCACCCAUUAUCUGUUGCUGUAAUAUCUGAGAAGGAAGUAGCGAUUACACGCGGUAUAGGAUACAAAAUAGAAUUUCUACAUGUUAGCAAAUGUAAUGAAAUAAGGUCUAGUAAGAUAUGUAACGUGAACACGAACUAUUACUCUAUAUGUUUGAAAGAUGAUAGACAGUUUGUAGUAGGGACUUUUGAUGAACCAAGACCUGUUCGUAUUGUAUCAUUGACAGGAGAGGAGCGUGAUUUUAGUGUUAACUUUCCAAACAAGAUAUAUCCUAUAGACACUAGCGCUAGUACUUACAUAAAGAGCAGUGACAAAGUGGUGAUUACAGAUAGAGACGAGCAUACUGUCUACAUAUAUGAUAUCAAGACAGACACGAGAGUCGUUGUGAAGGAUGAUCAGAUACAGUUACCACGUGGUGCAGCAGUUGGACCUUCUGAUACUAUCCUGGUAUGUUGUGGCAAAACAAACACCAUUGUACAGAUAUCCCAAACAGGUCAGAUAUUAUCAUCGUACAAGCUAGAUAUGACAUAUCCAUUUAGAGUAUGUGUCUCACGUGAUAAAUCAUUCAUUGUUGUUGCAAAUAACUGUCCUGGAAAUAAGAUAAUGCAGAAAUUCAAAAUAUCAUGUUAGUAACACAAUUUUCUGUUUCAUAUAGAAUUUACACACCCAUGCAAAGUUAUUAAAGAAAGAAACAAGAAUUUAUUGGUUACAUAUGAUGGAUCAUGGAAUAAUACUUGCGUUCUAGCAUCGAAGUAGCUGUUCAUAAAAAAGACAUUCAAAUAAAACAAUAUGCUGAGAAAAAGUGUGCUAACAAAAAAAUUGUAGUAAAUGUAUACCAUGUAUACAAUGACAGACAGAUUCAGGUGUUAACAAUUUAAUAUUAAUAAUUCCAAGGAAUUCAAUGGAUAUAUUAAACAUCGCUAACAUCAGGUGUAAACAAUUUAAUAUUUAUCAUUCUAAUGAUUUCAAUUAAUAUAUAAAUUUAUUUCAUUUUAGGCAAACAUGCCUUAAAUUUGAAUGUCAUCUAUUAAUCGACAGAUUGUUCUUUUCACGUGCAGACUCAAUCAAACACAGUUUGCAUGUUUCAUGUAAUUUUAAUUUGAUUAAUGCUUUUGAAAGAGCACCCUUUCUCUAAAUUUUUAUUUUGAACAGCUUAUAUGUAAAGUAGUAAUGUUCUAACCAUAGUUAUCUUAUUUGUUUUUAUCAUCACAUAAUGUUGACUGUAUUAUCAUGCAUUUGUUUGUAAUUAUCAAAUUGCCGAAGAUUUUUUUGUUCAAAUAUUUGUGAUAUCAUGUCACUACGUUAUUUUAAUAUUUUAAACACUCACUUCCUGCCUGACCUGAAAGUGAUUAGCCUUUGCCAUCAGUAUACAGCCAAGCCAGCAUGUACAUUUGACCAGUCUAACCAGUGUUUUUCUAUUCUAAUACUGAAAUCUUAUACACCUCAAAUGGGCUGCACCAAACUUAAUAAAGGCAAAUCCAUUUCAUGAAUUAAACAGGUUCAGGAUUAGUAAAGAUAAAAUUAACAUCAGUUUCUUAGCUUCAGUUGACUCCGCUAUUAUAAAAUAUAUCAUAAUUUAAUAGAUAUGUAAAGAAUCAUUGUUAGUCAUUACAUGAAAGUUAUGUUAGAAAAUGUAUAUAUUUUACUGUGUCUUAUUAUAUAUCUAAUAUUAUGCUCAUCAGGAUGAAUAAAUAUAACUA